CAAACUCUUCUACUUAUUCAAAAAUGUAUCAGUAUAUGACAGAGAAUGCUAAAGAUGUGUUGACUGCUGACAAUGACGAAGGAAAAAGAAAAGUUCUUACUGAUAACUACGCUUUUCUUAUGGAAUCUUCAUCCAUUGAAUAUAUUCAAGAAAGAGAAUGUAACCUAACUCAAAUUGGAGGACUGUUAGAUCAAAAAGGUUACGGAAUCGCAAUGAGAAAAAAUGCAUCAUACAGAAAUGAGCUUAGUGGUGCUGUCCUCAAGCUGCAAGAAAUGGGAGUUCUUACGGCCUUAAAAAAUAAGUGGUGGCAAGAAAAAGGAGGUGGUGGACGUUGUCAGGAAGAUUCUAGUGGUGGCCAGGCAGAAGAAUUGGGGCUUGCUAAUGUUGGAGGAAUUUUUCUCGUACUUGUUGUUGGUGUCGCACUUUCAUUUGUUUGUACAACUUCUGAAUUUUUGUACAGUCUAAUAAUGGAUAUAAGAGCCAAACAGGCUAGCAUAAAGUCAAGACUCAACAAUGAAAUGAAGUUCAUAAUGAACUUUGGAUGUUCGUCGAAGCCCACUAAUAUUAUACAUGAAUAAAAUAGGUAGAAGAUCUGGAUUAACAUCCGUGCUAUGUAUCAUACGAGAAAAAUUACCAAUCAUUUUUUUCCAUUCUAUUACUUCAGAAUAUACUGGUGUCUAUUUGAAUUAUUAUAUUGUAUGCAUAUUAGUUAUAAAUAAAGGCUCUAAAAACUAAA